GCGAGGCGGAAUUAGACCCUGCUUCAAGUUGCAGAUAGAAGGCGGAAUAUAAGAGAGUUGAACUCGCUUGUUCUUCCCGCAUGGUACAAAAAGGGAAGGCUAUGCAAAAAAGUGUUCCAUAUCAGAAAGUUGGAAAGAGAGCGGUGUAGCAGUAUAGAUUCUGUAAUUGCACAAGCUUUUUUUCCAGUCCUGUAAACAGAAGCGAAGACUGGCGCUCAUCUGAGUUAUAUUUGAGCCCGUUAUGUGAACCACUCUGGGACAAAAAGCUUCAGAACCUGGACGCGGCUUCAGCAGACAGAAAUCUGAACUGCAGAUAUUUUUUGGGGGGAAGACGAUUCUCUGACAAACAGUCGGACCGCCACAUAACUCUGACAGGAGAGCUGUUGCUUUUCUCCUCGUUGUUUAUGAAACGCUGAGCAAACGAAGGACUACUAACAAAAACAAAAAUAGAGUGAACCUCAGAGACUUUUCAGUGUUAAUUAUUAGCCAAGUUUGUUUAACUGUCAAACUAAACAAACCCUGGACCCUGUCACUCAAAGCAGAUAGUUUACUGCACAAGUUAUUAAAAAGAACAAAUAAAUACAUACAGAAUCAACUAUGGUACAGCAAACGAACAACGCCGAGAACACGGAAGCGGUGCAGGCAGGGGAAUCUACCGACUCGGGAGCAGUGGACCUGGGCAUGGCGUCGUCCCCGACUCCAGGAUCUGCAGGGGAUAAAUUAGACCCGGCUUGGUGCAAAACACCCAGCGGGCACAUCAAGAGACCCAUGAACGCCUUCAUGGUCUGGUCUCAGAUUGAGAGAAGAAAGAUUAUGGAGCAGUCGCCAGACAUGCAUAACGCUGAGAUCUCCAAGAGACUGGGCAAGCGCUGGAAGCUGCUUAAAGACAACGACAAGAUCCCGUUCAUUCGGGAGGCGGAGCGGCUGCGACUCAAGCACAUGGCAGACUAUCCAGAUUACAAGUACCGGCCAAGAAAGAAGGUGAAGUCAAGCAACUCCAAGCCUGUGGAAAAAGGAGAGAAGAUUGGUAGCACAAACUGCAACAGCGCUAACACUAAAUUCUCAUUGAAAAAGAGCAGCGGCACUAAAUCAUCCAACAAACCGCACAAGAUACUACUGGGCAAGUCUGCAUUCCCUGAGCAUGUCUCUCACGCAGUUACUACAGAUCACCAUUCCUUUUACAAAUCCAGGUCGGUGUCUGUAGCCAAGCAAAUCCCAGAAAAGAAAACGAAGAGGGUUUACAUCUUUGGGGGUAAUAACCACGGAAUCAGCCCCUCUUCUGUGUCAGUCCCAGCCAGCCCGACUCUCAGCAGCUCCACGGAAUCCAGUGACCCGCUGAGCCUCUAUGAAGACGGUGCUGGGGCAAACAGCCAAGAGGGACAUUCUCAUAAUUCUCCCUCGGACCACCACAGGUACACCAAUAUGCGAGCAUCCUCACCAACUCCUUCAAGGUCCCAUUCCUCCGCUUCUUCGCACUCCUCUUCCUCGGAUGAAGAGUUUGAAGACGACUUGCUGGACCUGAACCCAAGUCCCGGUUUCGACAGCAUGUCGCUGGGUAGUUUUGGCUCCUCGGUUUUGGACAGGGAUCUGGAUUUUAACUUUGAGUCCGGGUCAGGGUCUCAUUUUGAGUUCCCAGAUUAUUGUACACCCGAGGUGAGCGAAAUGAUUUCGGGGGACUGGCUGGAGUCGACUAUUUCCAACUUGGUUUUCACGUAUUGAGCGACAAAAUAAAUAAUUUUUUUUUUGCUCUGAAUAAAAAUAAAUAAAUAAAGGGAUUGUGAACCCUCUUCCCCCCCCACCAAAACCAAGGUGACUCCGAACCUUGCAGGGACGACCCAGCAUUAAGAAAGAAAGCGAUCUAAACUCGCUGCGAGUUUAUUUCAAGAAAUUGAGUACUGGAAGGGGUUCAGUUGCAAAAUGCUGAAAAAAACAGCCCUAAGCAGACUUUGGCAAGAGAAGAGAGGAAGAUAUGUGCGACCUGAUUAGGAGAGACUGAGAUCCUAUUGAAAUAAACACUCAGUCUGAACUGGAAAACUAAUUGAUUUGCACGUACAAGAAGGCGGGUUUAUGUCGGCUACUUUAACCAAUGUUACUUAAAAGGGACACUUAAGAAAAACUUUAAAAUCGUUAAGUACAUUUUCAUUACUAAAGUGGAACAGAAAAAGUCUGACUUGACCAGAAAAUAGUGUUUUUUUCUCUCUCUAUACCAGUUUGGUGUUGGAAUAUUCACAGGUGGGUUAAUAAUAAUAAAAAAGCAUGUUAUCCUAUCCUAGAUAUCUUUCCUGAGAUUUCAGACACUGCUGAGCAGUAAAAACUAGUGUUAGGAUUAUUUAAAAACAGAUAGAUGGCGCUAUGUUUGAUUCCUACAAAAAUCACCAGCUCUUUUGCAUUCUUAAAUCUUUAGGAUUCAAACGCAACUCAAAUCUGUGCUGGGCUUUAUACUUACUGUACAAUUCAGGACCAAAAUUUCCUCAGAUCACGUGUUUCUCAGAUUUAAGUGACGAAAACGUUUUUCUUACCGAUGUUUCAUCCUCGUGUUAUUUUUCCCUUGUAAAUGUAAUCCGGUGCCAUUUUAUAUACGGAUGUAUUUAUACAGUUUUUUUUUUUUUUUUUUUUUUUAAUUCGUUUUUUGGUAGGUCUUGUUGUGUAUACCUGCACCGUUUGUCUCCUUCACUGAAGGGCUAGAGUUGAACUUUUAAUUUUUUAUAUUUAAAUGUAGACUUUUGACACUUUUAAAAAGAGAUGAAAACGUUUGAUUAUUUUCUCAGUGUAUUUUUGUACAAAAUAUAUAAGGGGGUGUCAGUCGGUGUGUGUCGCUGUUUGGAUUUCCUGAUCUUUAAGAACAAGGAGGGUUGUUUUCUUACAGUCGACCUCGUUUUACCCAUGUUUACACACAAUUCAAUCUGCAGGCUUCUUAAAGGGACAGCAUCUCAUUUAAGAUACUACAAAAGUCCCUCUUUUUAGUAAAACAACAACAAAAAAAAAAAAAACAACCCACAAAUAUUUUCAACUGCAGUUUCUACGUUUUAAUACUGUCUGUAUCUGAUGAAAAGGAGAUACUGUAGCUUUAUUAAACUCACAUUCUUGGCGCCUAUUAUUACAAAAGCGCUGUUUUAACCACUGGAUAUAUCAAAAUGCCGACUUGAGUUCGCGACACUGUACUGCGCUUCUCAUUCUUGUAUUUGAAUAUUUAAUCCUUUCUAAUUGUUGGCUAAAUAUAAUUGUUUUAGUAUCAUAUGGCAUGGUGAAUAGCAUUUGUAUUUCUGAUUCAGGUUUAUAGCUGUUGUGUUUAAAAAGAAAAAAAAAAGAAUAGUGAAAAGAACGUUGUACAUUUAAGUGUAUUAUAAGCAAAUGAAGAUUGUGUGUUUUCUGUACGUUACGGUAUAACAUGACAGGCACUAGAACAGCUAUCUUUAGACCCCCUUGUUUGCGUUUAAGGUGGUUGUUCAAUUGAUUUUUAAUAUAAAUAUAUAUUUUAACUUUAUUUUAAUUCAUUCUGUGCAAUAUGCAGUGUAGAAUAGUGUUUUGUCUCAUGAUCCUGCCAUAACAACGUUUUAUUAAAAAAGAAAUAUUAAAAAAAAAAAAAAAAAAAAAAAAAAAAAAAAAAAUCAUGCCAGCUAAUUGUAUCAAGUCCACUGCCUGUCAGAUUGUUGAAAUACUUCUGUAAAUAACUUUUUUUCAAGAAGGAAAUAAAAUCAGCUGGAACUGAA